GCCCCGGCCGGUUCUGAGAACCGGGUCUCCGCCCGAGGGGCUGAGCCACGAGACCGCCCGGGGCUCUGAGUGCGGCCGCCCCACGGACGGGCUGGAGAUCUGUGGCGUGGGCGCUCUGGGAUCUGGGCCCUGCCUGCGGGCUGCUUUCACGCGUGGGUCGCCGCGCAGCUCUCUGCUAGUGGCCACAUCCGCAGCCCCCUGAGCCCCUCUGGCUGGGGAGUUUCAGUAGUUCCCCGUAGUACGGUAGCACCCAGGGGCCCAGCCGCGCUCAGCGCUGUACGGACACCUAGUGAGAGACAGUCCCUGCCCCAAGGAGCUUAGACUCGUCAGGCGACCCAGAAUCCAGAAAAUGAAGCUAAAGGAAAUUGAGCGAACAGCUGUUCAGGUGUGGAGUCCAGCAAGCAAUCACCCCAUCUACCUAGCGACAGGAACAUCUGCUCAGCAGCUGGAUGCCUCCUUCAGUACAAAUGCCACCCUGGAAGUCUUUGAGAUUGACUUCAGGGACCCUUCCCUGGACAUGAAGUGCAGAGGAAUCCUUCCUGCUUCCAACAGGUUUCACAAGCUGAUCUGGGGCAGCUUUGGAAACGGGCCCUCUGAUUCCUCUGGGGUGAUUGCUGGUGGAGGGGAUAAUGGAGUGCUAACGCUGUUCAGCGCAACCCAGAUUCUGACGUCGGGGACAGAGCCUGUGAUCGGACGGAGGGAGAAGCACACUGGUCCCGUUCGAGCUCUUGACUUUAAUCCUUUCCAGUGUAACCUCCUAGCCUCUGGGGCCAACGAUUCUGAAAUUUACAUCUGGGACUUAAAUAACUUCAGUGUGCCAAUGACACCAGGGGCUAAAUCUCAGCCUCAAGAAGACAUCAGCGUGGUGUCCUGGAAUCGUCAGGUGCAGCACAUCCUGUCCUCCGCUCACCCCAGUGGGAAGGCUGUCGUGUGGGACCUCAGGAAGAACGAGCCCAUCAUCAAAAUCAGUGACCACAGCAACAGAAUGCACUGCUCGGGAAUGGCCUGGCACCCAGAAGUUGCUACCCAGCUGGUCCUUUCCUCUGAGGACGACCGCAUGCCGGUGAUCCAGAUAUGGGACCUACGCUUUGCCACCUCUCCUUUGAGCCAGCUGGAGGGGCACACAAGGGGAAUCCUGUCUAUCUCUUGGUGCCAGGCUGACCCUGAGCUCCUUCUCAGUAGUGCCAAAGACAACCGGAUAUUGUGCUGGAACUCCUGCAUUGGUGAGGUGAUUUAUGAGCUGCCCACUCAGAGCCAGUGGUGCUUUGAUGUCCAGUGGUGCCCUCGGAAUCCAUCAGUCUUCUCCGCUGCCUCUUUUGAUGGGUGGAUCAAUGUUUAUUCUGUUAUGGGUGGGAGCCUAGCAGCUCAGCAGAAGACUCAGGCUGACAAGAUCUCCUCUUCCUUUAACAACCUGGACCCCUUUGGCACGGGACAGACUCUUCCUCCUCUUCAGGUGCCGGAGCAGGUGGCUCAGACCACCUUGAUCCCUCCACUGAAAAAGCCCCCCAAAUGGAUUCGCAGGCCGGUGGGGGCCUCAUUCGCAUUUGGGGGGAAAUUAAUCACGUUUGGCCUCUCCAAGGCCCCAGCACAGCAAAUGCAGCAGAGUCCCCUGCGCCGGGUGUUCAUCAGCCAGGUCGUUACUGAGACGGAGUUCCUGGCCCGAUCCAGAGAACUGCAGAUGGCCCUGCAGUCGGGAAACCUCCUGGACUAUUGCCAGAGCAAGAUCCAGGCAGCCCAGUUGCAGUUUGAAGAGAAUCUCUGGAACUUCCUGAAGGUGAACAUGGAGCCAGAAUCCAGGACUAAACUCCUGAAGCUGCUGGGUUAUAGUAAAGAGGAGCUGCAGAAGAAGAUCACGUCCUGUUUGGGGAACGGUAUCCCAGAGAAACAGCACUUUCCUGAGGCAGAUGGCUUGGCUCAGGCUGCACAGCUGGCUCAGGGCUCAAGACGCUCCGUGACCGAAGUGGGUACUGCUUCUUCCUCUUCAGGGUUCUUUGACAGCCUUGUCCCUCAGGACAUGAGCACGUUGGAGAUCCCGGUCACAACAGACACAGAUGGGCUGAUCAGCCAGGCGCUUCUGGUGGGGAACUUUGCUGGUGCUGUGGAGCUGUGCGUGAGAGCUGACCGUUUUGCUGAUGCCAUCAUUCUGGCUAUUGCCGGGGGGGAGACGCUACUGCGGGAAACCCAGAUGCAGUACUUUGCCAAACGGAAAACAAAGAUUUCUCAGCUUCUUUCCUCCAUUGUGCAGCAGAACUGGCAAGAAGUAAUCUGCACAUGUGACCUGCAGAGCUGGAAGGAGGCACUGGCCAUCUUGUUAACGUACUCCAAACAGGAAAAAUAUGCCCUGCUCUGUGAUAUGCUGGGGGCCCGUCUGGAGUCAGAAGGCGAGGGGCUGCUGUCCAGCGAAGCCUGCCUAUGUUACAUCUCAUCUGGCAAUGUGGAGAGGUUGGCGAAAUGCUGGGUAAAAAACCACGAGACCACAUCUCCCCUAGCUCUGCAGGACCUGGUGGAGAAAGUGAUGGUGCUGAGCAGGUCCAUUGAGAUGCUCCGAGGCUCCACGGGGCCAACCCUGGGCCCUGUCUUGACAGAGCGGGUCACCCAAUAUGCCAGCCUCUUGGCAUCGCAGGGGUGUUUGGCAGCAGCAAUGAGCUAUCUACCCCGCAGCUCUGAUGAGUUCCUGAUCCAGCAGCUCCGAGACCGUCUCUUCCAUGCUCAAGGGGAGAGCAUGGGUGAUCAGCAGCCUCCUCCUUUCCCCUAUGCUCGUGUGCCCGUCGGGCCAGUUAACCACCCAUUGCCGGCAGCCAAGAGCAGCUCGGCUCCGGAAGCGUCAGCCCGAAGAUCAAGUCCCCGGCAUCCAGAGAAGCCUGUGUACCAGCCAUCCUUCGCCCCUCCAGUGUCAGUUCAGUCUUCAGUGCCUUCACUCUUCACACCUCAGCCAGUGCCCAUGGCUCCUCCUCAGGCCAGCACUGCCCCCCGUACCAGUAUGUACUCCAGAGCAGGAGGCCGGCCCCUUUACAGCCAGUAUGCCUCCGGCUUAGCACCAGCUACGGUUCCAGGGCCAGCAUUGUCCCAGCCUCCAUCAUUCAGCCUGCCAGGAGCCAGAUUCACUGGACCAGCUGCCUUUCCCAAUCAGCCUCCUAUUUCAGGACAGCCUGGGCCCAUUGCACCCCCUGGCAUUCCACCACCGGGAUCAACCUUCUUCCCUCCAGCCUCGGUCCCUGCACAGCGUCCUGCUGCAGCCUGUCCUCUCCCCAUGGCGGGGCAGUCCCCUAUGCUUUUCCCUUCAGCUCCUUUCAGCUGCCCCCCAGGUGUGGGCUAUCCUCAGGGGGGCCCUGGAGCUCCUAGCAUCCCUCCCCCUCCCACCGGUCAGGAAUCUUGGAACAAUCCCUCUGCUCUCAGGGGAGGCCUUCAGAAAAAAAAGUUGUCAGAGAAGUUCACCCCUCCGGCUCCAAUCACAGCUCCAGUAAUGAGCCUCCCUACAGAGCCACGGGCCCUGCUGUCUCAGAUUCCCAGAUCCCAGGAACCUGGCCAGGCACCCCCGGGAGCACCCAAAGAAGGCAGCAUGCAGUUUCCCCAGCUGCCCACAGAGAGAAUCGAGAGGAAGGAGCUGCCCCCAGAGCACCAGGGACUGAAAACCACCUUCGAAGGGCUGAUGCAGCGCUGCAGUGCCGUCACCACCGAUCCCAAAACCAAAAGGAAACUGGAGGAUGCAGCGCAGCGGCUGGAGUGCUUGUAUGAGAAGCUCCGGGAGCAGGCCCUCUCCCCUCACGUCCUGAUGGGGCUGCAUGAGAUCGCUCGCUGCAUGGAGGCCCGCAGCUACCAGCAGGGCCUGCUGGUCCACACCCAGGUGGUGGGUAGCAGCAGCUUCAGUGAGGUGUCUGGCUUCAUGCCCAUCUUGAAAGUCCUCAUGACCAUCGCCAGCAAGCUGAACGUCUAGCGCUUGGUGUGGAGGCGGGGGCACCGUCGCCGUGGAGACCGAGCAGGAUGGCCAAUCCGAGCGCUGCGCUGCAGGCUCUUUCCAGCUCCCGAGCAGCGUUUGGGAGCCAGGCCAGCCCCGUCCCCCUGUAGAGACCCCAUCGGGGACUGACUCUUUCCUUCCCAUGGCUUGUCAGUGUUUGUAUGGCCAGCCAGGUCGCACUGAGAUCCUCCUAGAGCAGCUGUGUGUCUGCUCCACUCCUGGCCCCAUACACAGAUGAGAGGAGACUCGGCCGUUUUCAAACUGAGGCUGGCCCCCUUGGCCCUCUCCAUGCCCCCUCGACCUCUAGGCCAAUGGUUCAGCAGGGGCGCGUACUGGCCUCUGCUCUUCAACUGCCUUUUCCUCAGCACCUUGCACCUGGCUGCCUUUUCUUACCCUCUCCCACUGUGCCCCUUGAGCACCUCUCCCCACACCUGACCUCUUCCAUGUCCUGCCCUGGUACUCUCUGGCUCUCCUGCUCCUCGUGGGGAGCGCCGGGUGGCUCUCUGGGCUCCCUCGCAGCAUGCAGUGUUUGUUCGGAAAGCUACACUGACUGGCCCCCAGCCUCACUUGAGCACCUAUCCUGCUGCCAGCCAGUAUUGUGUGAAAGCCCCUAGGCUGGGAUUUCACAGCUGGCUAGGGGAUUUUGACACGUGGGAGAUGUGCUAAUCCCCUAGCCAGCUCUGAACACUUUACCCUAGAUGGGGAGGGCCCCAAAGCUGGAGGCACAGUGGGUCCCUCCCAGCCAAGUCUGGGACACAUCCCCUUUCAUCCUGCAAGGCCCAUUGGCACAGCAAAGGGAGAGCCCUUGCUGCAAGGAAUGGUGCUGUCUGAGCCGGAGGCUGUGCUGAGCCCUGGCUUGGCAUUUGGCUAGCGUUGGCUCUAGUGGACCCGAGCGGUGAUGGGGCCAUGGGGUUGGUACUUGGGGGCAGAGGGUAUUUCAGGGCACACGUAGCUCUCUGCUGGUGAAGCCCUCCCCUUGCCCUGUGACGUUCCAUGCUGCCUGACACCCCUGCUAUCCAGUGCAGGGGCAGCCUCUCCCUCCCACCAGUUGGAUCGGGAACACCCCCUGCUGAAUCAGGGUGCUUUGCCAGGACCCUCGGGGGAUGCGUCUCUCCCUCGCUCUGUCAGCACAAAGUGCCUCAAUAAAGCUGCUUUUUGUGAAA